AAARUAGUGAAGUCAUUUUCUUGAAUUUCUUCUUUAAAAAAAUGAUGUUAUUGCUACCUGAAAUUGUAUAAAACUCCARCAGAAAUGAAUCACGCCUUCCUUGCUGCUGUACUUUUCAAUGUCGCUCAAAAAUGAGCUCAAAAAGCAGAAKUUUGUGUCGUUUGAACGACAGUGAGAUAAGCUUGUCUUUCUCAUCACUUCCAACCAAAGGGACAGUUUUUAGUUGAUGCAAAGAGCCUAUUAAUAUUACAGAGUACAAGGUCUUGYUGGAGACAUUCGCUGGCAGUAUGUUGUACGUGUUUUCUGUCGAUAUUGGUGAGAUGUACUCGUUUGAGAUGGAGCUGGCAAUGGAAAGUGUCCAGACUCUAAUGUCUACAAUAGCUAGCACCACAGGAAUUACAGUGGACAAACAGGUUUUACUGGUUACUGGYGGAGAAUCAUUAGACCCUGAUGAUAGAGUGUGUAACUAUAGCAAUGCUGGAACUGAUACAAGCCCUAUUUACCUGUUUAGUAAAAGCACUAUAGAAUCAUCCAUUCCUCCAUCAACAAGUCUUACAUUUGGAUCAGAGUCUAGCUUGAAAGAACAAGUAGAAAUAUCCUUCAAACUGCCACCAACAUAUGAAACCCUUGUGUCUAGAGCUCAGUUAGCAUCAGACUUUAAUCACUAYGCCAUGGAAAUUGCUAGUAACUGUGAACGUCUUGUGAAUGAACAGUCAUUUCAACAGCUGGGAUGGGCUGCUGUAGUGUCUAAUUUAGACAGUAUUUCAAAGGAGUUCAAUGAGAGAGCCUCUACAGUAAAGCUGAGCUAUAAAGAGUUUUUGGAUUCAAGAUCACGUUAUCUAGAGUUACUUCAAGGCUAUGGUGAGAUCCUUCAAGUUCUUGCUAAGAUACCAGUAUUUCCUGGUUUAUUACAUGGUAAGCAAGCCAGCAAGCCAGGAAGAACAGAUGGUAUUAGUCUUCUUGAUUGGAUCAGUGCACAAGAUCAAAAGAACAGUUUACAAGACAUGAUAGAUCAGUGCAGUAAUGCCUUAGAGCAGUUUGAUGGGACUGUGCUUGAAGGGGUCAUGACAGAAGUUAUUCAGGUCCAAGAAGCUUUGAACAACUCAAGCAUGAAAGAAAUCAAAGGUUUAGAUGAGAGAUUGUUGCGUCUUCAAGAGCUGCUWCAAAGAGUUCAAGAACUGGUGCAGUCACAAGCAGAAAUGGCACAGGGUUUUGUACAAAAUCAAACAAGAGCUCAAAACAUCGGGGAUGCAUCAGUGUUGCCAGACUUGUGUGCGAGUCAUCAGAAGCAACUGAUGAUGCUGAUGAAGAAUCACUCUCAACUGAGGGACUACCUCCGUCGGUGUGCUAAAGCUAAAGAAGAAUUGUCAACUAACCUGCACACAAGACUGAGGUGGAUUAUGUAUGUAGAGAAGAAAAUCUGCGAUUCUGACAGUACUUUAAUCAUUUAYCAUGAGAAUAUUCGCAGAGUAAAGAGAAGGCUUGAGAUCCUCGACCAAGUAAGUGAAGCACCCAAGUUAUACAUUCUUGCAAGUGYUGAGGUCGCUCGAAGACAAAAAUUUUCAUCUCAAUUCAUGAAGUGGGCAAGAAAACUACAUGAAAGUGUUUGUGAAAUGCUAACAGAGGAAAACGCUAAAAGAGAGGAAUUUACUCGUAAAUUUGGUCGKCAUUUUCUUCAAACAUUGUUCACUGGGUUAGAUGACAGGCCUAGUAGAUUUGCUGACAAGUUACCAAAGUCAUUCGAUUCUCAUCUUCCUAUCAUCACUGAACAAGAUGUAAUCAACCUYCAGUCUAUUGUACCUGAAUUCAAGGGUUAUUUUGAUGAAGGGACAACCAACGUCUCCAUGAGAGAUACAUCUGUUGAUGGCAGUUCUCUAUCCAUGAUGCUAAAGCUACAAGAUUCUCUAAUGGCAACUUCACAAGAUCCAGGAAAGGAUCUAUCAAUUAGCAAAACAGCAAUGAGCGUUGAUGCCUCUACCCAGUCAAUGUGGAUGACAGACAGACAAGAAGUUGUCAGUGAAUCACAGGAUUCCGGUCAGCAAAUUCAGGAGAAUUUGAAAGAUGCUUCUCGUAGCUCAACUGAGGAGUCAGCUCCAUAUGUCCAACCAGGUGAAGAGUCUCCCCCUAAAGGUUACCAUAGAGACAGCGAUACUGCRUCCGAACCAAGCUCUGGAUUAACUGAUAGCGACAUUAUGUUYAGGUCAGCCCAGGAGGAUUAUGUAACAGUUGUUGACUCUGACUUUGACACAAAAGAUGGAAGGGAAAACACUGGUACGUUGGUAACUGAAGGUCAUGAAUCCAGCCAAACUCUUACUAGUUCAGGCUCACAGAGCAUMACUACAAGCACACAGACAGAUAUCAAUUUAGAGGAAAAACUAAUGUGUAGUGAAAUACUGGAAGAAAGUACAAGAGAAAAAAUAGACUCUUCAAAAGAUAAAGAAACAAUCAACGAACUUGAACAGAGAAUUUGUGAUUUAGAAAAUGAGCUAUCAAACACUGCUUUAGAAUAUAAAAACGCACUUCAAGAUAAUGAACAACUUAUUGMGUUUAAAACCAAUAUCAGGGAUUAUUUUGAGAAAACUGUGGGGGCAUUACGAGAUGAUCUURUGCAAAGUAAARAUUUUAUAACUAGUUACAAGAAUAAGAUGAAUGAAGAUGUUGAAAUUGCCUGGAGUGAUUUCCAAAGRUUUAUCAGUGAGCUUAAACUGUCAUURUCUGAAAUGAACACUAGUACGGCAAAGGAAUAUGAARGUGUUGUGAAGCAGUURAAUGAAAAACAUGCCAUGGAAACAAAGGAACUCAUGCAAUUGAAGUCACAGCUGGAACAGGAGAAAAAUAAUAUUUCACUAGAAUUACAGAAAGUUAUUGAAGAAAAKAACGCUCAAGAGGCACAAAGAUUGGAUGAUUUGAAUAAGCUCCAAGCUAGCUUGGAAGAAUACAAGAAAAAGUGCGAAGAGCAGCAUCRUACUUUGACAAGACAAAGGGACAUAAGAAACAARACKGAGGAAGAACARCAAACUAGGUUUAAUUCUAUCAUUCAAAGCUUAACCAAAGAAAAGAAAAUCAUUGUGGGACAACUGAAUGAAAAAGUGAAAGAAAUGGAACUGGAAAUAGGAAAAAAGAAUGAGAAGUUAAAAGAAUAUGAAACUGAAUGGGAAUCACUAAUGAAAGAAAGGGAACUCAGUGUGCUAAGUAUACAGGAAAAGGAUGAGAAAUUACUUACAAUGGAAGCAAAGCUUCAACAAGCUGAGAUAAAAUGGAAUGAAAGAGAACAGGAAUUCAAAAAUCAACUAGAAAAAGAAAAAGCAAACGCAUUACUGCUGCUGGAAGUUGAAAGGCAGAUGUGGGAGGCGAGUAAUAAUAGACAGGACGACACAGAAAUGACAGACAGUAGCAUCAAAGUGCCAUCUGAAGCAUCAUCAUUGAGCAAUGAACAAAAACUAAAACAACUGGAGAAGGAGUACAAAGCUGCUCAAGAGAAGCUAGAAUUACAACAAGAAGCUAUWAGCCAAGCACUACAUCAAUUCCAACAAGGUGACAUUAACCCGAUACUACACCAAGCUAAGCAGGCCUUAGUAAGUAAAGAAGAACAAAUUAAAUCUUUGAAAAAACAACUGGUACAGCAAGUUACAGCUGGUGCAGAGGCAUUGAAACCUGAAAAAGUCACACUAAAAGAUUUCCAGUGUAAUGACCUCAUUUUACUGGUCUACGACCCAAGAUAUGAGAACUAUCUUAUCUUUACCACUGGUACCACSUUGUAUUUCUUACAUCCUGACUCUAUGACUGUCCUAGACCUGGCUACAAGUGGAGCUAAGAGAAGAGACUGGGUGCUUGCUUACCUAACUGACAAGGAGUAUUGCCAAGCUAAAAAGGCACACAACAGRUUCCAUGUCCCUGCUGGUACAAAGUUUUAUCGUGUGCAAGCCAAACCUUGGGAGAGAUAAAAUAUGUAUUUCAUAUCUUAUUCUAUUAGUGAAUAUCACUAGCAAUAAUUAUCAAUACUUUAGCUAGGAAUUACUUAAAUAUUUUAUUGAAAUAAAAGAUAAAAAGAAGUAUAUUUUUAUGCAAUUUUCAAUGCAUGUAAAAAAAACAUUUAGGUUCCACUUUCAAAGAAUCAUGGGAAGGUUUGAGUUCAUUUGGUAAAAGGCUUAAUAUAUAUAGAUUAGAAGGUUUUGUUUACUACUAGUGAUAGUCAUUUAUGAGUGCAGCCAUGUCACUCACAAGUUAUUUCUACAUGUAAAUACAUUGUACUUUAAUUGAACUUGAAAAUGUAGUCUAAUUUCAUAAGAAUCAAAGAAUUAAAGUUAUGAAAGAGCUAUGUCUUUCUAGUUGAACAGCGCUCUUAAAACUCUUCAAGGGUGGRAUGAGUAGGACUGUAUGGAUUUUAUGAGCUAGGCCAUGAUGAAUCUUUACUGAUAACAUUUGAGGUUACUUGCAAUUUUUUGCCUGAACUCGAUGGGUUUGUGGUCUCUCGUCAGSUAUAAUUUCUAUUAGUUUGAAGACCCUCCAACCACCACAAUAUCCAAAAUAUUCCUUAUAUUGUAUAGUUAAAACAAAACAUAAGAAUUUAGGGUCAGAUUAUCAAUAUAUAUCAAGUGUUUAACUUGAUUCUAAAUAAGCUAUUUUAUUGUAACUACUAACAUUGAUAGGAAAAUACUACAAUUAGUACCUUAAAAUUACUUUUUUUUUCGAAUAAAGUAAUCUAAAUUUGGUUUA